AUGGAAACUUGGAGAUUUCUAUUUCUCUGUUUUUUCGUUUUAAAUUUAUUGUCUUUAAGUUUCAAUUAUGGCGUCUCGCAAUCGGAGGAACAGAAGAAGAACAAGUUUCGCGAGCGUGAGGCAACUGAUGAUGCUCUUGGUUACCCCAAUUUUGAUGAGGAUGAGCUGUUGAACACUCAAUGCCCUCGGCAUUUGGAAUUAAGAUGGCAGACUGAAGUGAGUUCUAGCAUAUAUGCAUCGCCUUUGAUUGCUGAUAUCAACGGUGAUGGAAAGCUUGAGGUAGUAGUUCCCUCUUUCGUGCAUUACUUGGAAGUCCUAGAAGGUUCUGAUGGAGAUAAAAUGCCAGGAUGGCCUGCUUUUCAUCAGUCGACUGUUCAUUCUAGUCCUCUCCUAUAUGAUAUUGACAAGGAUGGCGUGAGAGAAAUAGCUUUAGCCACCUACAACGGUGAAGUCCUCUUUUUCAGGGUGUCUGGUUAUAUGAUGUCAGAUAAACUAGAGAUUCCUAGGUUGAAAGUGAAAAAGGAUUGGUAUGUAGGUUUGCAUCCAGAUCCUGUGGAUCGUUCCCAUCCAGAUGUUCAUGAUGACCAGUUAAUACAGGAUGCUCUUAUGGAGUCACUGACUCAACACGAUGGAAGUACGCUUGUAGCCAACAGUUCAAACUCCUCUACACCAGAAGCUCGCAAUUCAUUGAAGAUGUCGAAUUCUACACCAGAAGACAAUUCAUUGAACACGUCGAAUCCAACACUAAAAGUUCACAAUUCAUUAAACGCAUCGAAUCCUACACCAGAAGUUCGUAAUGAUGCAUCUAAUAAUACGAUUUCCACAACCGAAAUUCAACAUGAUGUACAGAAUGCAUCUAAUCUAGAGGAUCCAGGAAAAAGGGAUGUUAGUCAAGCAAAUGCAGACAUCAGUAUGCCACAUAACAUUAGUAGCAAUACAUCUUCUGAUUCAAACACAGGGAGAAGGCUUCUCGAAGAAAGUGUGUCUGAAUCUGGAUCCAAAGGUAAUGACGCUGAGGAUGUUCAUGCCGCUACUGUCGAAAAUGAUGGAGGCUUGGAAGCGGAUGCUGAUUCAUCAUUUGAGUUAUUCCGGGAUAGUGAAGAGUUGGCUGAUGAGUAUAACUAUGAUUAUGAUGAUUAUGUUGAUGAAAGCUUGUGGGGAGAUGAGGAAUGGACUGAAGCACAACAUGCGAAAUUGGAAGAUUUUGUGCAUAUAGAUGCACAUGUUUUGUGCACUCCUGUAAUAGCAGACAUAGACAAUGACGGGGUGUCAGAGAUGAUUGUUGGAGUUUCCUACUUCUUUGACCAUGAGUAUUAUGACAAUCCAGAACAUUUGAAGGAACUUGGUGGCAUUGAGAUUGGAAAAUAUGUUGGUGGUGGCAUUGUUGUUUUCAAUCUUGACACAAAGCAAGUUAAAUGGACAGCACAGCUGGAUCUGAGUGCAGAUACUGGAAGUUUCCGUGCCUACAUAUAUUCAUCUCCAACAGUUGUUGAUUUGGAUGGUGAUGGGAAUUUGGACAUCCUGGUUGGAACUUCUUAUGGUUUGUUUUACGUAUUGGACCACAAGGGCAAAGUGAGAGAGAAAUUUCCACUUGAAAUGGCUGAAAUUCAAGGGGCAGUAAUUGCAGCCGAUAUCAAUGAUGAUGGCAAAAUUGAACUGGUGACUACUGAUGCGCAUGGAAAUGUUGCAGCUUGGACUUCACAAGGAAAAGAAAUUUGGGAAGCACAUGUUAAGAGCCUUGUUCCACAGGGUGCCACAAUUGGUGACGUCGAUGGGGAUGGUCAUACUGAUGUUGUCGUUCCAACAAUAUCUGGAAACAUAUACGUUCUGAGUGGCAAGGAUGGCUCAACUGUACGACCCUAUCCAUAUAGAACUCAUGGUAGAGUGAUGAAUCAAGUUCUUCUGGUCGACUUGAGCAAACGAGGGGAAAAAAGGAAGGGACUAACAAUUGUUACUACAUCAUUUGAUGGUUACUUAUACCUAAUAGAUGGGCCCACAUCGUGCGCCGAUGUUGUGGAUAUUGGAGAAACUUCAUAUAGCAUGGUUUUGGCCGACAAUGUCGAUGGUGGAGAUGAUCUUGAUCUUAUAGUAACAACCAUGAAUGGCAAUGUCUUCUGUUUUUCAACUCCUUCUCCACAUCAUCCACUCAAGGCAUGGAGAUCAUCGAAUCAGGGAAGAAACAAUGUUGCACAACGCUAUGGCCGAGAAGGAAUCUAUGUUACACCGUCAUCAAGAACUUUCCGUGAUGAAGAAGGCAAGAGUUUUUGGGUCGAAGUAGAAAUUGUAGACAGAUACAGGUUUCCAUCUGGCUCCCAAGCACCUUAUAAUGUCACGAUAAGUUUGUUGGUUCCUGGCAAUUACCAAGGAGAGAGGACGAUUAAGCAAAAUCAAGUCUUUGACCGUUCUGGAAUACAUCGCAUUAAACUUCCAACCGUAGGAGUUAGGACUGUUGGGACUGUACUAGUAGAGAUGGUUGACAAGAAUGGACUUUAUUUUUCAGACGACUUCUCCCUUACCUUUCAUAUGUAUUACUACAAGCUGUUAAAAUGGCUUCUUGUCCUUCCAAUGCUCGGAAUGUUUGGGGUUCUUGUCAUCCUGCGCCCACAAGAUGCCGCCAUGCCUCUGCCAUCAUUUUCUCGAAACACUGACUUGUGA